AUGGACUGGGAACCGCUGCAGAAGCGGAGAUUCGCUCGAUUAGAAGAAUUACAAGCGUUCAAGGCGAAGGAAGGCCACGUUCAAGUUCCAAGGACAAAUCAGUAUGAACCAGGAAUGAAAACGUGGUUGUAUCAUCAGCAACGGUGCUUUCGAGAGGGAAAGCUAAGUAAAGAUAAGAUUCAGGCGCUGAGAGACGUGGGUGUGACGCUCAAGAUGACGCAGCGCGUCUCUUGGGACGCGCGACUGAUGGAACUCAUCGAGUUCAAGCGAAUUCACGGUCACUGCAACGUCCCUGCCACAUGGCGACACAAUAAAGAAUUAGGUUCGUGGGUGGGCACGCAGCGAAAGUACAAGCGCACCGGCAAAUUAUCUGAUGAGCGCAUCUCGGCGCUCACGUCCGUCGGCUUUGAAUGGGAGCCAAAAAAGGCGCUUUCGCGC